UGCGCGUCGUCGUUUUCAGUUCAAUGCUUAUCGGCCUAACCCUUCUCUCUCUUUCUCUUUCUCGUUACGCAAAAAAUUAAAACAAAAAUUAAAUCUGAAAUUCAGAUACAAUUAAUUCCUCAGAUUCGCAAUUUCCUUUUCCUUUAUUUAUUUUUUUCCCGCGAUUACGUCUUCAAUUCCGAUUGGGGAAUUCAUUUCCCGUCCCGUAUCGCAUGAAUUUCGCAUUCCGAUAGGGGCACCGCCAUGGACGGAGCCGUGACGGCGGAGAGGUCGGCGCUUCUUUCGUCGCCGACGAGCUCGAGGUCGGUGACGCAGACGGUGAACGGAUCGCACAAGUUCGUGAUCCAGGGUUAUUCGUUGGCGAAGGGGAUGGGAGUGGGGAAGCACAUUGCGAGCGAUUUGUUCACCGUUGGAGGUUAUCACUGGGCGAUCUACUUCUACCCCGAUGGAAAGAACCCCGAGGACAAUUCCGCUUACGUCUCGGUUUUCAUCGCGUUGGCUAGCGAUGGCACCGAUGUGAGGGCGCUGUUUGAGCUCACGCUUGUGGAUCAGAGUGGCCAGGGUAAGCACAAGGUUCAUAGCCAUUUCGAUCGCUCGCUUGAGAGUGGUCCCUACACGCUCAAGUAUAAGGGUAGUAUGUGGGGAUACAAGCGGUUUUUCAGACGGUCUUUGCUUGAAAGCUCAGAUUUCCUCAAGAAUGAUUGCUUGAAAAUCAACUGUACGGUUGGAGUUGUGAUUUCGGCAACUGAUUGUCCACCACUUCACUCCAUUAACGUCCCGGAAUCUGACAUUGGAUCACACUUUGGUGCACUAUUAGAUAAUAUGGAAGGUUCAGAUGUUACUUUCAAUGUAGCUGGGGAAAAGUUCCCUGCUCAUAGGUUGGUGAUGGCUGCUAGAUCCCCGGAAUUUCGAUCUAAAUUUCUUGAUGAUUUGGAUGUGGAAAAGCAAGAGAUUAUUGUAACAGAUUUAGAACCUAAGGUUUUUAAGGCCAUGCUGCACUUUAUCUACAGGGAUACUCUUACAGAAGAGGUGGACAUGAUUCCAUCAACCACGUCCAGUGAUUUUCCAGUUUCUGAGUCAUUGACAGCAAAAUUGUUAGCUGGAGCAGACAAGUAUGGUUUGGAGAGGCUUAGACUGAUGUGUGAGUCUCGUCUUUGCAAGGACAUUUGUGUGAAUUCUGUAGCCAACAUUUUAACCCUGGCUGACCAUUGCCAUGCCAUGGAAUUAAAAGCUGUUUGCCUAAAAUUUGCUGCUCAAAAUCUAGCAGCUGUGAUGCGGUCAGAUGGAUUUGAGUAUAUGAAAGAAAAAUGCCCAUGGCUACAGUCAGAGAUCUUGAAGACAAUUGCUGGCUGUGAGGGUGAUAGUUGCAGUGCUGGGGAAAAAUCUCAGAGUGUGUGGGCCCAGCUGUCAGAUGGUGGUGACACAAAUGGUGAUAAUGCUGAAAAAAUGGGGGAUAAAAAAGAAAAAGGCAUAGGAGAGGGAAAAUCCUCUUCUGUCCAAAAUUUCCAUGUUUCAAUGGAAAUUUCAUUAGAAAAAGCAGGCAGACUAGAUACUAUGCAGGCUUUUUAUGUAAAUGUCACCAGUGGUGUGUAUGUUAUGUUAGUGCAGAUUAGUCAUUAAAAAUGAGCUCAUCUGCAUUAGACUUUUGACACUGACUAUACUUUGGAGGUGGAUAUUUUGGUUACUGAACUUUUUCUCUCCCGUCUGCUUUGUCUUUUUGUCCUUAGUUCAAACCUAAACGUUUGUAGAAAUAGGUUCAUUAGGAUUGCUGUUUUUGUUGAUAUACCAUGUAAAAAAUAUUCAUUUUGUAACAAUUGUUAUUUUCAUGACACAACAUACAAAAUGAUAGCGAUAUGGUUAGGUGGUCUGUCUUGAAUUGCCAUUUGAAUUUGAUGUUUCUGGAUGACCUAAGGUAGCCCAUAUAGCAUGACUACCUCAUUUUUUCCUUUUUGGGGUUAGAAGGGAUGUCCAAGACCUUGGGAAUGUAGGGUAAAGUUAAGGGAAAGUAACUUCGCAGAGACUUAAGUAU